GAAAUUUAAAACUCAUUUUAAUUUGUUCAGAUUUAAACAUUACUUAUCUAAUAUUUAUUUUGAACAUUUUAAACUUUUCUUGUCUGUAAAAUUAAGUUAUAAAUAUUUAUAUACUCAAAUUUAAACAUAAUGAAUGCAAAAGACGAAAAAGAAAUAAAUCUAAUUGAACAAGAGUUAAAAGAGAUUAAUGCUAAAGUUUCCAAACUUCAAAACAGAAAGUCUGAAUUAAUAAAACGCAAAGAACAUUUAAAACAUUUGUCAUUUCAAAGGCAGACAGAUUCUAUUAGCGAUCAAAAUAAAUGGACUCACACAGAUUUUCCAUGGUACAACAAAGUACAAGAUACCUUAAAAAAUGUUUUUAAACUAGAAACAUUUAGAUCGCAACAGAUGGCUGCCAUAAAUAUAACAUUAUCAAAACACGAUGCUAUACUUAUUAUGCCCACUGGAGGGGGCAAGUCGCUGUGCUACCAAUUACCUGCUAUGGUCGACAAAGGAUUUACCCUUGUUGUAUCACCAAUGGUAUCACUUAUGGAAGAUCAGAUUAUUCAAAUGAAUAAACUUAAAAUCAACGCUAUGAUGAUUAGUUCUUACUCGACAAAAGAUGAAACAAAGUUACUUUUUCAAAUGAUGAUUGACAGCAAAUCGGGUUUAAAACUAGUGUAUUGUACUCCAGAAAGAAUUGCUAAAAGUAAAACGUUUAUGACCAAACUGCAAAAAGCGCACAGUCUUAAGCUUUUAUCUAGAAUAGCAGUUGACGAAGUACAUUGUUGUACAACGUGGGGACAUGACUUUCGUCCAGAUUACACACAUCUAACUAUUUUUAAACCAAUGUUUCCUGAUAUUCCCAUCUUGGGUCUUACUGCCACUGCAUCUUCAAAAGUUAUUACAGAUACACAAAAACUACUACAAGUUGAAGGAUGUGCAUUGUUAAAAGCAACAUUUAAUCGACCAAACUUGUAUUAUGAGGUAAGAUGGAAACCUGACAAUAAAGAAUGUGUAGAUGAGUUUGAAUCAUUACUUAAGAAUAAAUUCAAAAAUCAGUCUGGAAUAAUUUACACUACAUCAAUAAAAGACUGUGAAAGCUUGAGGCAAGAUUUGAGGGAACGAGGAUGUAAAGUUGGAGCAUAUCAUGCGCAGUUAGAUGGCAAUCUUAGAUCAAAAGUUCAUAACAAGUGGUUAAAUGGAGAAUAUCAAGUAGUUGUGGCUACUAUUGCGUUUGGAUUGGGCAUUGACAAACCUGAUGUUCGAUUUGUAAUACAUCAUGCGUUAUCAAAAUCUAUUGAAAACUUCUACCAGGAAAGUGGACGAGCAGGAAGGGAUGGCAAGCAUUCUACUUGUUUACUAUAUUAUAAAUUAAGUGAUGUAUUCAAAUUAAGUACUAUGGUGUUUACAACACAAACGGGGCUACCAAAUUUGUAUUCAAUUGUGAAAUUUUGUUUAAACCCAAAAGAUUGUAGACGCAAGCUAAUAGCUUCCCAUUUUGAUGAAUCUUGGGAGUCAACCGAUUGUAAUAAAAUGUGUGACCAUUGUUCUGCUGAAAAUUCUAUAAAAUGUAUUUGUAUUAAUAAAUACUGCAUAGAAGUGUAUAAAAUAUUAAAUUCAGCAUCAAACAAUGAUACAAAGUUCACUGCACAAAUGCUUCUAGACUCAUGGUAUGGAAAAGUUCAGAAAAAAAUAAAGUUGGUUGAUGUGAAGCCACCGACGUUUUCGAGAAUGCGAGCUGAAAUGAUCUUAGGUGAACUCUUAGUGCAAGAAUAUUUAGCAGAAGAUUUCCAUUAUACUCCUUAUUCAACUAUUUCAUAUAUAAAAAAAGGUCAAAAUUAUAGAAAAAUAUCUGCUGACAAUAAAAUAUUUAUGUAUGUAUCUUCUGGCCAAUCUAUUGAACCAGAUACCAAAAAAAUGAAAGUUGUUUGAUGAAAUAAAUACUUUUUUUUUU